UGCUUUAUUUAAACAUCAGUGGUCACUAUAUGCUUUUGUUAUAUGAAAAAGAACAGCGUGAACAUUUAUCCAAACAUCUCUUUUUGUGUUUCUCGGAAGACAGUCAGUCACACAGGUUGGAAACAACAUGCAGAUCAACCUUUACCAGCACCAACCAGCAGCAUGGGGCCAGUUGUCGGGGGAAUCAUUGCUGCCAUAAUCAUCUUGUGUUUGAUCGGCGCUGGUGUGGCCAUGUACCACAAACGCCGGCAGAGCAUGGAGAACGGAGAAGGCCCCCCCAAACACAAGCCGCCUCCUCCGAUGAAGUCUGGCAGCUCGACAGAAAUGCUGAAUAAACCACAAGACAAGACCACAACCAUCACAGAAACUCAGCUGCUCAGCAACUACGAGACAAGCUACUACGAAACCAACUCUGCCGAGCCUGUUACGGAUCUGGAUGAUGACAACACCGGCCCUCCAGCUAACGGCGGUACCCCCACUGUCUGGGACGGCUCAGGACACCCUCCCGAAAAGGACAACACAACCGACGAGACCCUUCCACCGUACGAACCAGCUGACCAGAAUGACGUCGAAGCUGACUAUACUAGCGUAGCCCGUGAAGAAAGUUUCGUGUCCAAGGCCAUGUUGGUCUAAAGACGUAGGCUAUGCCUGCGGUUUGCACUGCCACCCUCCUGCCCAGCAGCGGACACCCGUUACAGCACAGCCGGCUAUAGUCCACGGCUCGGGCACAAACGCAUCCAAAAUCACACAACCUGUGACAUUUCUUUCACGCGUGGCUAACUGACCUUUUAACCUAUUCUCAUGGUUUUACGGAUGGUCCAUAAAACAUUCAUACCUUUUGGACCAGAUCGGAUUUUGGAUAUUUGAUAAUGUAUGACAACAAGUUCUUAGUACUUUUAAUCAAGCAAACUUUGAUUAGCAAUUAAUGGUGAAACAAAACCAUGAGAAUUGGUCAUUAUUCACUUUUGGGCUACCAUGUUACAUAUAUUUUAAUCCUGGUUACGUGAAAAACAUACACGGCAAACACAGUCAGAAAACAUUUAAUUUUCCUCAAAGGUCUAAAUAUAAGAAUUUGCUUUCAGUAUUUUAAAAUACACUGCAUAUACUGUCAAACGUUGCUUAUGUUUUAUGAUCUGUAUUUUUUAUUUUGCAAUCUCGGUGUAGUGCUCUUCUAAGCUUUAGCUUUCGUCGGUUUCGUGCAUUAACUUCUGUGAUGAGGGAAAAAGUCUUGUGGUAUAUGCAAUGUAUUUUACAUAUAGCAAAAAUGUAUUUUUAUAUUUUAUAUUUGAUGUCAUUUUGAUCGAUUAUAUCACCUAAAAACAGAUGUAUGCAUUAUUUUCUUAUUUUUGUUUCUUUGGUUGUUUGGUGUGUUCAUUGUUUUUGAAAAGUACCAAAUAAGUUCUGUAAAUAAUAUAUAUAGCCAGUCUAAUAUGCGUAAAAAAAAAAUAAAACAAAACAAAAAAGGAAAAAUGCAAAGAAAUCCAAAAACUCUAGUGGGGUGCAACAUGAAAAAGUGUACACUUUCUGAAACUUUCUUUUAACGGGUAUUACUAAAGUCGUAUGCUGAUGUUUUACUUAUUGAUUCGUGUGGAUUUUGUUACUGUAUAAUCUGCAUGGCAUGAUUGGUUGCUUUCCUAAAAACAGUGGGCACCGGUCGCAACCUUUCCUCACUCCCCUAUUUCCUGGCCAUGAGAAGCACAAUAUGCAUAUAGAGAUGUUGAAGGGGAUGGGAUGUUUGGCAAGAGUUUCAUUUUCUGCCUUCUGAUGCUAAACGUUCAUGUUAAAGACCUUGUGAAAUCUCUCAACGUGCACAGUUUUCUUCUGAAUUGACAUAUUUCCUAUUGAAACUUCAUUUUAGAAGGUCAAAAUCAUAAAAGAUCAAGUCUGUUUUAAAACAGUCAGUGGGAUUUAGUUACAUCAGGUGAAUUGUUACUAGUCAAGGCUGGUUGUAUUGUGGGCGGGACAUUCUCAUUCAAAACUUUUUAGUGCAGUAAAACAGUAAUAUUGUGGAAUAUUAUUACAAUUUAAAGUAAGUUUCCUAUUUUAAUAUAUACUAACAUGUAAUUUAUUCCUGUGAUGCAAAGCUGAAUUUUCAGCAUCAUUCUUUAGUGUCACAUGAUCCUUCAGAAAUCAUUCUAAUAUGCUAAAAAAACAUUGAAAACUAUUUGCUGCUUAAUUUUUUUUUUUUUUUUUUUUUUUUUACAGAAACUGUAAUAAAUUACCAUUCGAAAGAUUUAUAAUGCUACAAAAAAGUAUAUAUUUCAAAUAAAUGCUAUUCAGUGAACUUUCUAUUUAUUAAAUAAUCCUGAAAAAUGUAUGAUGGUUUCCACACAACUUUUUUUUACAACAUUUAUUAUAAUAAGAACUGUUAUUAAUAAUUGAGCACCAAUAAUAAUUAAGCUGCAAAUCAGCAUAUUAGAAUGAUUUCAGAAGGAUCAUGAGACACUGAAGACUGGAGUAAUGAAGCUGAAAAUUCAGCUGCGCAUCACAGGAAUAAAUUACAUUUUAAAAUAUAUUACAACUGGAAACACUUAUUUGACAUUGUAAUAAUAUUUCACAGUAUUCCUAUUUUUACUGUAUUUUUGAUAAAUAAAUAAAUAAAUGGAGCCUUGCUGAAGAUAAGAGAUUUCUGUCAAAAAAUUUUAAUAAUCAUAAUUAGCUUCAAAGUCAACAGGCAUGAAUUGAAAGCCAGAAAAAUCUGAUUUUGAUUCUACGUGGUCUUUAAUAAUAUUCAGAUGCACUGUGUAUCACUGAUUUCUUCUUGGCCACAGCGCUUCAGUCAUGUCUGUUUAGCCAAACAUUAUCAUUAUUGCUCUCUUAUUUUUUUCCGUUUUUCUCGAAAAGAAGUGUCAGUUUUGACUGUAAGAAUUGGAGAAAAUUCACACCUCCUUCUUAAAGGAACAGUUCACUCAAAACUCACUUAUAUUGUUACAAAUCCAAAUGAUUUAGUUCAUGUGGAACACAAAAGGAGAUGUUUUGAAGAAUGUUCAUUCUUUACUGACAGACUGAACUGUAAUAAAUAUUCACUGAAAAUCCUGCUGGUUUUGUCACUUUCACUGUAUGUGCUUUUGUGUUCCACGGACAAAGAAUGUCAUAUGACUUUUGAAAGACAUAAGAGUGAGUUAAUUUUUGGAUGAGCUAUUCCUUUAAGAGACAGAUGAGAAACAGAAGAAGCUUAUGAAAUGGUCGUCUUUUUCUUUACUGGCCUUUUCGCUGGUUCUUGGAUGGCAUGGCAACUAAUUCCAUAACGGUUCAUGUCUUUCACUCUUGAAUGUAAUCUUUGCACAUCCACUUAAAGCUGUCGAUAGAUCAUUGUGUCAUAGUGUCUGAAUACAUUGUUGUAAUUGUGCCAAAGACCUCAUAUCAAAACCAUAGUGAUGCAACGAACUAAAGACUCGCUAACAGGUUACAGAAGUGAUAAAUGGAACGAACGAACAGCUUUUUUAACGGUCGGUCACCUGGAGCGGAAGCCUGCACAUUCACAAAGCACAUAAAAUGCAGGAUCUUUAGAUGGGCGAAUGGAUGAGCAGGCGCCAUGACAAACACAGACCGAUCGAUGGAUGGACAGUACAGUUCACCUAGAUGAAUUAACAAGCCCUCCUCGUUCUUGAUUAGCCAUCGAUCACAUUCGCCGCCUGAUCUUCUGGCCUGUUGGACAUCGCAGAAAAUUACAGAUUCUCGCAAAACGUUUAUUCUCGACAUGACACGACAAUCUUUCACCUGUCGUCUCGGUUUAGCUGAGUUGUGGUCUCGUCACUGUUUCUGAUAAAGGGAAUGUACGUCUGCAUGCUGCAUGAGAUUUGGGGUUCGCUUAUGUUAUUCUCACGCGCAAACGGGCCGUCUUCACGCAACCGUCAUUCGCUAAAAUGGUGCAGUAUUAGACAAUCACUGUAUGUUAUACAUUCAUCCAUAAGGGUUUUUGUGUUUUAAACUGUGAUUUCAUUUUUUUCAAUGACAUGUUUUAUUUAAGUUUCAGUAUUUUCGAAUACUUAUAUACAGUAUGCAUUAUGUAGAGUUUUAAAUAAUAUUAAAGUUUUAAUGCCAUUUUGAAUUUUUAAAGACAAUCAAAGGAGUCUGGAACGUUAAAUGGGUUUGUUUAGCCAAAAAUGACAUUUCUGUCAUCUUUUACUCACCCUUGUGAUGUUCAAACUUGCCAUUUUUCUUCUGUAAAAUAUAAAAAGAUGAUAUUUUGAAUGUUUCAGCUCUUUUUGUCCAUAAAAUGAAAAGUCAGUGCAGACCAAAACAACAGAAGAAAUCAUUCAUGCAUGUCUAGUGCAACAUAAGGGCGAAUAAAUUAAGGCAGAAUUUCCAUUUUCCAAUGAACGAUCUUUUUAACAAAAUAGAGGCCCUCUAAAAUUAGUCUUUGGUUACUGAACAACUCUUGUCAUUCAUCAAAUGUACUCUCCAGCAAAGCAAACACACUUUAUUUGCCAUAUGUCUAUACUUCAUUAUCACAAAUCAUAUCAGAGACAGUUUCAAAGUCAUCUGCCACGUGUUCGCUUGCGCGCUGCCCUGUCAUCGUCAAGCCAGAUGUGCCUUUGUUACUUUGUUUUGAGCCAUUUUACUGACAGAUUUGUUUUGCCUGAGGAAAUCAUUGACUGUAUAGACCGCCCAAAGGGGAGAAUUGUGACUUUUUAUUUCAAAUGUUCAUUUUUGCAUCUAAUUUCUUUACCGACUGGGAUUAUUUUAUAUGCAUAAGCAACUUGUUCUAUGUUUUAUGGUUCAUUGUGAUGUCUAAUAAACUAUAA